AUGCUUUCUUUCAUCAAUACUGCUCUCAUCCAUACUUUCCGCUACAAACUCCCGCUGCUGAAAAUGCCAUUCUACCACUUUCAUAGUUUCGUUUCUGGAGCUUUUAUCAUGUCCACCGAGCUUUUUAUUGGAAGUCUUCCAGUGCGAUUUUAUCACUUCAUCUACUCCAUUCUGGUGUUGCUGAUUUAUUGCUUGACUCAGUUUGCCCUCGAUCCUCAAAAUUUGCACCUCUUUCCAUUAUGGGAUGAAACAAGGCUUUUAUCUUCAAGCAGAAAUAAGCUCAAAGAAUCGAUUUUGACUGGAAUUUUUCUUGGUCUUUUUGUCCAUUUGUUUCUUUUUUCCCUAUCUGCGGUCAAGUGGCUAUACUGGCUGAACCCAACGAGUUUUGUGAAGAAUGAAUACCGAGUGGUCGUUAAAACACGUGAUCUUCAACAAGAAAAAAUGAUUUCCGAUCCAAAGGCAAAACUGAAGUACAUCAGCCGAGUCGCUGGAAUGCUCGCAAGCGCAGACAAGCAGCUUGAAUCGCUGAGAAGACAAUCAAGAACCUCUUUAUCCACGAAGCUUUCCGAACUAACAGAACAACUGAAAGCGAUGUCACGACCACAGACUCGCCAGAAAUCGCAAUCUGCGGAACACCCAAGCGAUGAGUAUUUAGGCAUUGAAAAUCGAAAUUACACGAUGUAA